AAGGAGCCCACCACCGCAAUGCCUGACUCUCCGGCCGAGGUGAAGACACAACUACGGUCCACACCCCCUGGCAUGCCGCCCCCACUACCCACUGCCGCCCAGGGGGCCACCCGCCCCCCAUCCUUCACGCCGCACACACAUCGAGGGGACAGGCUGGCCGCAUCGCUGUCGCACGGCCGCUUCCACGGCUGUCUGAAGUGGUCGAUGGUCUGUCUCUUGAUGAAUGGUGGCGGCCACUCGCCCACGGCCAUUGGCGGCGCCCCAUCCACGCCCAACGGCUUCAGCAAUGGCCCAGCCACAUCAUCCACAGCCUCGCUGUCCACGCAGCACCUGCCCCCGGCCUGCGGGGCGCGGCAGCUCAGCAAGCUCAAGCGCUUCCUCACCACCCUGCAGCAGUUUGGCGGUGACAUCUCGCCUGAGAUCGGGGAGCGCGUGCGCACGCUGGUGCUGGGCCUGGUGAACUCCACGCUGACCAUCGAGGAAUUCCACGCCAAGCUGCAGGAGGCCACCAACUUCCCUCUGCGGCCUUUUGUCAUUCCCUUCCUGAAGGCCAACCUGCCGCUGCUGCAGCGUGAGCUCUUACACUGCGCGCGCCUGGCCAAGCAGACACCUGCCCAGUACCUGGCGCAGCAUGAGCAACUCCUGCUGGACGCCAGCGCCUCCUCGCCCGUGGACUCCACAGAGCUGCUGCUGGAUGUCAAUGAGAACGGCAAGAGGAGAACUCCCGACAGGACCAAAGAGAAUGGGUCGGACCGGGACCCGCCGCACCCCGAGCACCUGAGCAAGCGGCCCUGCACCCUGAGCCCCGCCCCCCGCUGCAGCCCCGGCCAUGGGCCAGUCCCACCCCCGCACUACCGCCUGGAGGACAUGGCCAUGGCCCACCACUUCCGUGACUCUUACCGCCACCCUGACCCCCGUGAGCUGCGGGAGCGCCAUCGGCAACUUGGGGUGCCGGGUUCACGGCAGGAAGAGGUGAUCGACCACAGGCUCACAGAGCGUGAGUGGGCGGAGGAGUGGAAACACCUCAACAAUCUCCUGAACUGUAUCAUGGACAUGGUGGAGAAGACACGUCGGUCGCUCACGGUGCUGCGCCGGUGCCAGGAGGCCGACCGGGAGGAGCUCAACCGCUGGACCCGGCGCUACAGUGAUGCAGAGGACACAAAGAUGGGCCCUGUGCCCGCUGCCCGGCCCCUCAGCAGCUCUGCUGGCCCUGAAGGCUCGCAGCUAGACGUUCACCGGGAGUUGGUGCCCCGGGCCCUCCCCGGCUACAUGCCUGAGGACAUCUGGAGGAAGGCUGAAGAGGCGGUGAACGAGGUGAAACGGCAAGCCAUGUCAGAGCUGCAAAAGGCUGUGUCAGACGCAGAGCGCAAGGCCCACGAGCUCAUCACCCUGGAGCGUGCCAAGAUGGAGCGGGCCCUGGCGGAGGCCAAGCGCCAGGCUUCUGAGGAUGCGCUGACAGUUGUCAACCAGCAAGAGGACUCCAGUGAGAGCUGCUGGAACUGCGGGCGCAAGGCCAGCGAGACAUGCAGUGGCUGCAACGCGGCGCGCUACUGUGGGUCCUUCUGCCAGCACAGGGACUGGGAGAAGCACCAUCAUGUGUGCGGCCAGAGCCUGCAGGGCCCCACCGUGGGCACCCAACCAGCACCCGCACAGCCUGAUGCCGCCCUGCCUGCGGGCGCUGCCAGCCCUGGUGAGGCCGGCUCUGCGGGACCCUCUCGCCCCACCUCCCCCGGCCUGCUGGACGCUGUGCCCCGCUGAGCCCUCCUGGCCAGCCCGCCAGACACAGCGCCCUGCCGACCCCGCCCGGCCCUGGUCCUGGCCCACCGGACGCUGCACCGCCCGGCCCAGGGAGCCAGCUGGAGUCACUGCUGCUACUGCCUCUCUCCAAGAGAAAACAGAACCGACAAAGCUGCAUCCAAUGCAACUUCCUCAGCUACC